UUUUCUGGACUAUUCCCUUUGCUUAUUUAUAGGUAAGCUCAGUGCCAUCUCGACAGUAUUGAGAGAAUGGCAAAAUCGCCAGAAGAAGAACACCCACAAAAGGUUUUUGGUUGGGCUGCCAGAGAUUCUUCUGGGGUUCUUUCUCCUUUUCAUUUCUCCAGAAGGGAAAAUGGUGAAGAGGAUGUCACGAUAAAGAUACUUUACUGCGGGGUUUGCCACUCUGACUUGCAUACUGUGAAGAAUGAUUGGGGGUUCACAAGGUUUCCUGUUGUUCCCGGGCAUGAAAUUGUUGGUGUUGUGACCAAAACUGGGAAGAAUGUGAAGAAAUUCAAAGUGGGUGACCGAGUUGGAGUUGGGGUCCUAGUGGGCUCCUGCAAGAAAUGUGACAGUUGCCAACAGGACUUGGAAAAUUACUGUCCUCAAGUGAUAUUUACCUAUAACUCCCUUUAUCAUGAUGGGACAAGAACUUAUGGUGGUUAUUCUGAUGCUGUGGUUGUUGAGGAACGCUAUGUGCUCCGCUUUCCUGAUAAUUUACCCCCUGAUGCUGGUGCUCCACUUCUGUGUGCUGGGAUCACAGUAUACAGCCCUAUGAAAUAUUAUGGAAUGACUGAGCCUGGCAAGCAUUUGGGUGUUGCAGGACUUGGUGGGCUUGGUCAUGUUGCGGUGAAAUUUGGUAAGGCCUUUGGGUUGAGAGUUACUGUCAUUAGUACUUCCCCAAAAAAAGAGGAUGAAGCAAUCAACAGACUUGGGGCUGAUGCUUUUCUUGUUUCUACUGACCCUGCAAAACUGAAGGCGGCUAUGGGUACUAUGGAUUACAUCAUUGACACUGUGUCUGCAGUUCACCCUCUGGCUCCGCUUCUUGGUCUACUGAAGGUGAAUGGGAAGCUAGUCACUCUCGGUUUGCCUGAGAAGCCCCUAGAGCUGCCUAUCUUUCCUUUAGUUUUGGGGCGUAAACUUGUUGGAGGAAGUGAUGUAGGGGGGAUGAAAGAGACACAAGAGAUGCUAGAUUUCUGUGCAGAGCAUGGUAUUGCUUCAGACAUUGAGCUGAUCAGAAUGGAAGAUGUCAACAAGGCGAUGGAAAGGCUUGCCAAAUCUGAUGUGAGGUACCGAUUUGUUAUUGAUGUGGCAAACUCCUUGUCGCAGUAGAUUAGUCGGUGUGCCUUGGCUGCUAGACACCCUUGAACUGAGGUGUGAAUAUCAGAAUAAGUUUCGGAUCUGUGAUCUAAUGGUACUUUGAGGGCAAAACAUAUAGAAUACUAUUGAGUUGGACAUGUAGCAUCCGCCGUUGAACUUUUUCUAUGCUAUAUGGCAUCUAUUCCCCUUUCCGCAUU